AUGGCAACCUCUUCGACUAAGGUCGUAGAACUUGGCUUUGCCGAGCCACCGGAUAGUCCCCUCACAGCAGAUAGCUUUCCGAGUAAAAUUGGAGGAAAACCAGCAUGGUUGAAUCCAGGUCAUGUUCUAUCAGCUGAAGAUGUUCUUUGCGGCAUUUGUAAAAAACCAAUGGUCCUUUUAGUUCAAUUAUACACUCCUGAAGAUUACCCACCCGAAGCCUUUCAUCGGUCAAUAUAUGCUUUUUGCUGUAAAAAUGGGUCAUGUCACAAAACCUCAUGGCGUAAAAGUUUAAAAGUAUUUCGAAGUCAAUUGCCAAAAUAUAAUCCUUAUUGGCCACCACCAAAUGAAGAAACCAAUAACUGUAACUCUAAUGGUGAUGAUACAAAUGAACAUUCUAAUCAAUCAGUGGAAAAAUUUAUUUCUGCCAAUUAUUGCGUAGUUUGUGGUCUUUAUGGUUCAAAAAAAUGUGGAAAAUGUAAUCAAACAUAUUAUUGUUCAAAAGAACAUCAAAUUGUUCAUUGGACGUCCGGACAGCAUAAAAAUAAUUGUAAUACAACUACAUCUUCAUUGGAUGAUCAUGAUAGUCUGUGUAGACAAUUAGUUUUGUUUCCGGAAUUUGAAAUUGUAACAGAAUCUGAGGGGAAUCUGAACAAAGAUGAUGAAAAUGGUGAAAUUGAUGGCAGUUCAUCAAAUUUAGAUGAUGGAAAUUCUAGAGCUCUUGUUCCAGUUGGCGAUGAAGUUUAUGAAAAUACUCAAGUCAAUGUAGACAAAGCCUUUCUAAAAUUUCAAAAAAAAGUUGAACCAUUUCCUGACCAGGUAUUAAGGUAUGCACGAUUAGAUUAUGAAUGUGAAAAAAAUGCAACUCCAUUAUGGGUAAGUGACAUUGGUAAACCGAUGCCCGAGGACAUACCUUCAUGUCCGCAUUGCGGUCAAGAACGGACUUUUGAAUUCCAG